AUGAGGUCUUCCUUCUCUUGCUGCAGAACUUCCUACGGAGAAGAAGAAAAACCAGCUUGGGGCCCCAAGCACCGUGUGUUCACCCACGAGGAGAUCGAGUCCGCCACCUCCGGCUUUUCUGCUUCCUCCCUGCUCGGUCGCGGCAGCCACGGCUCCGUCUUCCUCGCCUCGCUCGAUCAGGGCCGCCUCCUCGCCGCUGCCAAGCUCCCCUCCCAGUUUUCUAUCUCCUCGGAUUCGCCCUCGGCCGCCGACGCCGAGAUUGGCCUCCUCUCCUGCCUCCCACGCAGUCCGCUCCUGGUGAACCUUGUGGGCGCCACGCCGGCCGCCGGGCCCUCCCCACGCAUCGCGGUCGUCGACCUCAUGCCACAAGGGUCCCUCCACGACCUCCUGCACGACCAGCUCCGCCCAGCACCACCAUUCCCUCGCCGUCUCCGCCUAGCCCUCCUCUCCGCCACCGCCCUCGCCCACCUCCACUCCCUCUGCGUCGCCCAUCGCGACGUCAAGCCCGCCAACCUCUUACUCGACGCCAAGGGCCGGCCCCGCCUCGCCGACUUCGGCCUCGCCGUGGGCCUGUCCUCCCGGGACGGCCACGAAGCUGCCGUUUUACCGCAGCCCGCCGGCACCAUGGGCUACCUCGACCCGGCCUACGUCCACCCGGAGGACGUCAGCACGAGCACCGACGUAUACAGCUUCGGCGUCGUCCUCCUCGAGGUCCUCAGCGGCCGGGAAGCCAUCGACGUGGAGUACAGCCCGCCGUCGCUGGUGGACUGGGCGAGGCGACUGCUGGAGGAGGGGCGGUACGAGGAGAUAUGGGACCCGCGGGCGGCGCCGGAAGGGAGGAGGGAGAAGGAGGCUGCAAGGGCGAUGGCGGACGUGGCGGGGAGGUGCUUGGUUGCGGCCGCGAGGGAAAGGCCUUCCAUGGCAGAGGUGGUGGCGGAGCUCAGGGGGGCGGAGCGGCGGAUGGGUUUGCGCGGGCUGCGCCUCGCGCGGUGGGCCAUGCGGGGGAGGAGGGAGGGGAAGCGGUCGCACCCGCUCAGUGGGAACCGGAGGGUGUCCGACGUGGCGGCCUCGUAG